CCGGGUUUGAAUCUCGCCACGGCAAAUGGUGGAAUUUGAAUUCAAUAAAGAUCUGGAAUUAAGAGUCUAAUGAUGACCAUAAAACCAUUGUUGAUUUUUGGGGAAAAGCCCAUCUGGUUCACUAAUGUCCUUUUAGGGAAGGAAACAGCUCUUUUACCUGGUAUGGCAUACAUGUGACUCCAGACCCACAGCAAUGUGGUUGAUUCCUAACUAUCCUAUGGGCAGUUGGAGAUGGGCAGUAAAUGCUAGCCUAGCCAGUUACACCCUCAUCGCGUGAAUGAAUUUAAAAAAAAAUUGAUGGACCUCCAUGUCAUUUGCUGAAUUUUGAAACCGUGAGGAAUCAGACAAACACUGUUGCAUCUUCUCAUCUGCAGGGACAGAUUGACCUUUGGAAGACCAAGCAACAUUCAGGGUGUCAACUGAGGUGGAGCAAUGAGUCAAAGUUGAAGAACUUUGAAUUGAGCCCGUACUUGUUCCUUUGAACCAUCAUUCCUCUUAUGGCCCACCCAUAACUGCUUACUAGAAAUGGACUGGAGAGCUGUUAUUAAGUUUGGGGGUGGGGGAUCGGUGCAGAUGAGGGUAUCUUUUAUUUUGUUAAGGACAGGUUUGGGAUGUGAGAAUCAUGUAAAUCAGCAUGUGUUCAUUUGAUUGCCAGAUCUGAUACUCCACACAGAUGGCUACUUUUAGCAUUGUAAAGGUUGCAACAUCAUGCCAUUCAUGUUUGGGAUUUCUCUAGUCUCUCUGCAGUUGUGCACAAUGCAGCUGUAAGUCACACAUCAUUGCUGAUGUUACAGAAGUAUUCUGUUGUCUCAGUCCCUAACCUGAACAGGUUCUUCCAACUGAGCAGAAUUGAGGACUAUGCAGUCUCCGACAUGGACUCUGUGCUGUUCUCGUCUCCUUCAUCUGAUCAUGGGCACUUGGAAAAAGUGAAUCAGCAGACCAUCCAGAGCUAUAUUGGUGAGGCUAUCCUGCAAGACCUGAUCAAUUACUGUCUAAAUUAUAUGGCCAAGAUUAAGCUGCCUAAAAAAAGAGGCACAUUUAUUGAAUUCCGUAAUGGAAUGCUGAACAUCAGUCCAAUCGGUCGAAAUUGCAGCCAAGAAGAACGUAUUGAAUUUUUUGAACUUGACAAAGAAGAGAAGAUCAGAGAAAAGUUUGUGGCUGACUUACGAAGAGAAUUUGCAGGGAAAGGCCUCACUUUUUCUAUUGGUGGACAGAUCAGUUUUGAUGUGUUUCCAGAUGGAUGGGAUAAGCGAUACUGUCUGGGAAUUCUGGAGAGUGACAACUACGAGACCAUCCAUUUCUUUGGUGAUAAAACCUUACCAGGUGGGAAUGACUAUGAAAUCUUCAGUGAUCCAAGAACUAUAGGCCAUUCGGUCACAUCCCCAGAGGAUACCAGGAGAAUCUGUGAUGAAUUGUUUUUCCACUGAGAGAUUAGCAUUCCAACAUAAUUGUUUUUUUCCCCAAGUUCACAUCAUCUAGUUGAAGAAAUAUACUUGGAUUAAACUUUUCUCUCCUCCCAAUUAAAUCUUAUUUUUCCUGGAAUAUUCAGCAAAAAUGCUGAAAACUGUUUAUCAUUACAGAUGCAACUUUUAAUUUUUUUUAAAACAGUGUGGUAUUGAAUAACUGUUGAGCGAGCUUUGAGUGUGGUCUGAAAGUACAAGAAAAGAUUAAAUCUCAACAUAACCGACUUUCUGACUGAUGAAUGGAAACUAAAGGUGCUGUCACAAUGAUUCAGCUAAUUGCACUGCUUCUAAUAAAAGCAGAGUACUGCAGAUGCUGGAAAUCUGAAAUAAAUACAGAGAAUGCUGGAGAAACUCUAGCAGGUCUGGCAGCAUCUUUGGGAAAAGAAACAGUCAACGUUGCGAAUCCAGUAUCACAGUUUCAGUUCUGAAGAAAAGUCAUAUUGGGCUUGAUUGAAAUGUUAACUUUUCUCUCUUCACAGAUCCUGCCAGAUCUGCUGGAGUUUCUCCAGCAUUCUCUGCAUUUGUUUAUAUUUGCACUGCAUACCUCAAUGUACAAUAUUCAGGAAUGUAAUUAAUCAUUUAGUAUACAUAAAUGAAUAAGGCAGUUGACAAAUACUACUCUAGAAAGGUGGUAUUGCUUUUUUUUUUCCAAAUUGAAAUGGUCUGGUUAGCUAAAUCACAAAUAGAUACUUAACAAUUGCACCUUAAUGUGGAGUCUUUAUUUUCUUACUUAACUUUGGAUUCAAUCAAGGACCUAUACUCUGCAUUUUCUGCAAUUGUGCUGGUCACUGAGAUUUACAAGGCUGCAGUAAGAUAACUGUAGUAGCCCUGCAGUGAUUUUGCUAAUUAUCUCACACAGAUUCUGAUUUUAGAAAUAAUGUUCUUAGCCCAUCUACAGAACCAUCUGCUGUGUAAUCUUCAUUUUUAAUUGUAAACUGCAAUUUUCCACAAUGAUUCAUGAUUGAUUUCCCAAAAAUCUAAUUAUGAUCAUCUAUCUUUGAAUUAAUAAUUUUUCCUAUUUGGGAAUCAUUAUAUUUCAAUCCAAGGAUGGCUGUUAAUUCACUUAAUUUGUAAAUAUGACUACUACUGUGCAGGAGGGGGCUAUUUGGUCCAUUGUGCCUUGCACCAGCUCUAUUUCCUAGUGCCGAACUCGCACGUAUCCCUGCAUAACACUAUACAGAAAACAUCCAACGCCCUCUUGAAUGCCUCAUUUGAACCUGUUGAAUAGUGGUGAACCAAUUGCUUUUUAGAUUGCAAGAAGGUAAACAAUAGGGUUUCCACAGAAUUGGUACCUGGACCCAUACUUCUCAAUCAUAUCAGUGACCUAAGAACAUGGUACAAUAACAUUAAUUUCCUACCUCUAGCCAUAUGUAGUAAGACGGAUACCCUACCUUUUUUUUAAAAUGAUAGGUAUUUUCAGAUUGUGGGUAGAUCAUUUUUAAAUGACUGGUGCUUGUUAAUCAGAAAAAGGUAGGAAUGACAAAACUAGAACUGAAGAGUAUUUUUUUUAAAAAAAGCACAUUUAAUUAUUUUGACAUCAUACAACAUUCCAUUUUAGAUCUUGGCUGAAACUUCUUUAUCAAACGUGCACAAAAACCUUUGACCAUGUCCACCCUGAUGUGAGUAUGUACACUGCAAAGCAUGUUGUACCUUCCUCAAAUCAAUAAAGAGGUCAUCAGAAUUAUUUCAGAAAAAGCUGGCUACAGUCACAUCUUUUUGAAAACCUGUUCAAGGACAAAUCCACUCCCAGAGUUACAUCUGGAGUUGGUCAUUAUCGGACAUCUUUUCAUCUUCUGUGACUUUCUUCAAGGCAUGAUGUAUGAAAUGUGGUCCUGUGCCUAAAGUUUGAGUAACCAGAAUAGUUAUUUACUGAUUUAACACUGCAAUGAAUGCUAAAGCAUUCAGAUCCCUAAGAUCACUAUUUCUUCUAAUUUGUUUUUAUAAAGUUUUGGCAUGUUCAAUUGUAUAUUUGAAAUAAAAAGAUCAAUGCUGUACUUAAACAUA